AUGAUUGUGGUAUUAAAUGAAACACAACCGCAAUAUCUAAUUUUAUUUUGCUUAAAAAAUAAUAAUAAUAAUGUUCCUGUUGAUACAAUCCCUGGAGCCGAACUUGGAAUUACAAGUGAUGGUUUCUUUAGUCUUGAAGAACAGCCAAAUAAAGUUUUAGUAGUUGGAACUGGUUACAUUGGUGUUGAAUUAGCAGGUGUUUUCAAUGCUUUAGGCACAAAUACUACAUUGGUUACUCGUUCGGGUGAAAUUUUAAGAACCUUUGAUUCUAUAAUCAAAGAUGUCCUUUUAGAACAAACAAAAUCAGAGGGUAUUCGUCUUUUAACUCAUUCUCAUGUCCACAGCGUAUCACGUGACAAUCCAGGUGCUCCCUUAAAAGUUAAACUUACUUCAAAAGAAACAAAUGAAACAACAGAAGAAUUUGAUGUAAUAUUAUGGGCCAUUGGCAGAAAACCACACAUUGAGGGUCUUAAUUUAGACCAUAUAGGAAUAAAAUUGAAUGAAAAAGGUUAUAUUUACACAGAUGAAUAUCAAAACACUGUAACAGAGGACAUAUAUGCUUUAGGCGAUGUUUGUGGCGUUGCUCAAUUGACUCCUGUUGCAAUUGGAGCUGGUCGCCGUUUGUCAGAUCGUUUAUUUGGUCCUUCAAAAUUUGCUAAGGCUAAACUUGACUACAACAAUAUUCCAACUGUUGUGUUUCACGGUACUUGUGGAGCAGUUGGUUUGACUGAACCAGAAGCAAGGAAUAAAUAUGGAGAAGAGAAUGUUAAAACUUAUACUUCUAAGUUUGUAAAUUUAUAUAAUUCAAUGACAAAACACAAACCUGCAACAGCAUAUAAACUUGUGGUUGUCGGUGAAGAAGAAAAAGUUGUUGGUGUUCACAUUGUGGGAAGAGACUCAGCAGAAAUUCUGCAAGGUUUUUCUGUUGCUGUUAAAAUGGGUGCCACAAAAGAAGAUUUUGAUAGUACUGUCGCAAUUCAUCCUACUGCAGCUGAGGAACUUGUUACCAUGAGAUAA